AAAACUGAAAAAAGAAGCUCAAAUCAGGUAAGCGAACUUGACAAAUUUGACCACUGUUUCCGACAAACAUUACUUUGUUAGUUACGUGGGAUUAAAACUAUUCACGAGGGAAAGUCAUCUCCUCUAUUUAACUCUGUGCUGCUGAGAGAUUCCAUGAAGCGAAACCCGUUCGUUCGGGGACGUACAACAGAAAAUUGAGUUUGUUUUUCCGAGGCUAUCUAAGGCACUGAAUUAUAAGGGAAAUCUAAGGGAGGGAGCUGUGUGUUUUCGGUGCGACAUGCAGUAAUCGCCUGCAUGUCACUCUCAUAUAUGUUACUCGUUUGCGGUAUAGUUAUGUUGGCUUAAAUAGAGUACAUCGUUACAUUUAUGGGCAUCAUCCCUGUCCGGAGAUAAAGCUGGAGAGAGCUCUUCACAGGAGGAAACACGCGCUGUCAGUCAGACACAAGCGACGUCGUCAGUUGCUGAGAGUGAGGCUCAGGCAGCAGCGGGCCUCUGAGCACAGCGCCAUGAUGGAGGGGGGCAUGCAACUACUGAAUCGAGAUGGCCACAGCAUCUCACACAACUCCAAACGCCACUACCACGACUCCUUCGUGUCCAUGAACAGGAUGCGGCAGCGGGGGCUGCUUUGUGACAUUGUCCUGCAUGUGGCCAACAAGGAGAUCAAGGCACAUAAGGUGGUGCUGGCUUCCUGCAGCCCCUACUUCCACGCCAUGUUUACAAACGAGAUGUCGGAGAGCCGUCAGACGCACGUGACCCUGCAUGACAUUGAUCCGCAGGCGCUGGAGCAGUUGGUGCAGUACGCCUACACUGCUGAGAUAGUGGUGGGAGAAGGAAAUGUGCAGACCCUGCUGCCUGCAGCCAGUCUUCUACAGCUGAACGGGGUGAGAGACGCCUGCUGUAAGUUCCUCCUCAGUCAGCUGGACCCUUCCAACUGCCUGGGCAUUCGUGGCUUUGCUGAUACACACUCGUGCAGUGACUUGCUCAAGUCUGCCCACAAGUACGUCCUGCAGCACUUUGUGGAGGUAUCCAAGACCGAGGAAUUCAUGCUGCUUCCACUCAAACAGGUGCUGGACCUGAUUUCUAGUGAUAAUCUGAACGUUCCAUCAGAGGAGGAAGUGUACAGGGCUGUGCUAAGUUGGGUCAAACAUGACAUCGACGGACGGAGGCAGCAUGUACCUAGAUUGAUGAAGUGCGUCCGUCUGCCGUUGCUGACACGGGACUUCCUAAUGAGUAACGUGGACACAGAGCUGCUGGUGCGGCACCACUCGGAGUGCAAGGACCUGCUGAUCGAGGCACUGAAGUACCACCUGAUGCCCGAGCAGAGAGGCGUGCUGAGUAACAGCCGGACCCGCCCUCGCCGCUGUGAGGGAGCCAGCCCCGUGCUGUUUGCUGUGGGUGGAGGCAGUCUCUUUGCCAUUCAUGGAGACUGUGAGGCAUAUGACACCAGGACAGAUCGUUGGCACAUGGUAGCCUCCAUGUCUACACGGCGGGCACGAGUCGGUGUUGCUGCUAUUGGUAAUAAGCUCUAUGCUGUGGGCGGGUAUGAUGGCACCUCUGAUUUGGCCACCGUUGAGUCAUAUGACCCUGUGACCAAUGGCUGGCAGCCAGAGGUGUCUAUGGGAACCAGGAGGAGCUGUCUGGGUGUAGCAGUGCUCCAUGGCCUGCUGUAUGCUGCUGGAGGCUAUGAUGGAGCUUCCUGUCUCAACAGUGCUGAGAGGUAUGACCCACUUACCAGUACUUGGACGUCCAUUGCUGCCAUGAGCACUAGAAGAAGAUACGUCAGAGUAGCCACACUAGAUGGCAGUCUGUAUGCAGUUGGUGGAUAUGACAGCUCCUCACACUUAGCCACAGUAGAGAAGUAUGAUCCACAGAGUAAUACGUGGACUGCCAUAGCUAACAUGUUGAGCCGCAGGAGCAGUGCUGGAGUGGCUGUGCUCGAGGGAAUGCUUUACGUUGCUGGAGGCAACGAUGGAACCAGCUGCCUCAACUCAGUGGAGCGAUACAACCCAAAAACCAACACGUGGGAAGGUGUGGCCCCAAUGAACAUCCGCAGGAGCACCCAUGACCUGGUCGCCAUGGACGGCUGGCUGUACGCAGUCGGAGGCAACGAUGGCAGCUCCAGCCUGAACUCCAUCGAGAAGUACAACCCACGCAGCAACAAGUGGGUGGCGGCGUCCUGCAUGUUCACACGCCGCAGCAGCGUCGGAGUGGCCGUCCUGGAGCUGCUCAACUUCCCCCCGCCCUCCUCACCCACCCUGUCCGUUUCCUCCACCAGCCUUUGACAAAGGGUGAAGACCCGGCUGAGCUCCAGCGGCCUUCCCUGCGUGGCCAAGAGACGCAACUGCUCAGUGUGAGCUCUGGAUGAAGAGGAGCACUCCGUGGGCCACAGUGCCCCCUCUCUGCUGGAGUAGCGCCACAGCAUUCUGCAGAUAAAGAGAGGUAAUUAGAAAAAAAGAGAUUGAAUGAAUAAAAUAGGAAAAGAAACCCACACACUUCUGCCCUCAUCACCCUGCACCUUGCACCCCAGCGCUUGAAAGUGCAGAAUACUUUCACUCUGCCACUUUGCAGUCACUUGUAUAUGAUGUAUACUGUAAUGUAUUUUUGUUUUUGGGGAAAAAUUGAUGAUAUUGCAAUAAUAUGUUAAAAAAAAGAAUGUUUCUUUUUUUUCCCAUAGGAAUGUAGUUCUUGAUUGGUUCUGCCAUGCAUGUUUACUGAAAUUUUGUCUUGGCAGAAGAAAAAAAGAUAAAACAUAGUCCUGCUGUGCCACACUAGGUGGCAGUAAUGCGCAAUGCUGCCCUGUUUCACCCUUUGUGCAUGGACGCACAGAAGCGGAAAGUUUUCACAAAGCAGUUGUUGGACACUUGGUGAAUAAGGUUAAAUGGGGUCAUAUCAGUUUGACCACAGAUUACUUGUUUAAAUGUAUUUUCUUAUUUAUUUAUUCAAUGUAAUAUAUAUAUAUAUAUAUAUAUAUAUAUAUAAACACCACUUAUUUCAGAGAUGUUCUAUGAACUGCAGAAGGACCACAGAGAUACAGUUUUAACUUAUUUACAUAUCAGUGCUGGUAGAGGAUGUGUGAGUUUUGAUUGGUUGUGGAAUUAGGGAAUGUGUGAGUUCUGGCUAAAUGUGUUUUCAGUGCAGGGAUUAGGGUUGUUUACCAGUGAUCCAGUGAAGUUCUGUUUCCAUAGCCAUGUAUUAUCUAAAGCCUUGAAGAAAUGAAUCUCUAUAUAAAUAUAUAUAUAUAUGUAUACUUUAUUGAUCCCCAAGGGGAAACUUGGGUGCCACUUAUGAGUGCGUACUUCACUGUCAUAGUCUCAGCGACUAACAAUAGGGGAUAUUGUAAAGUUUUCAACAGUCAAAGGUCUCUAUAAGGGUAUAGCCAUAAUAAAAGUGGAUGUGACCUACAGCAACAUAUUCCCUCACACUGUCCUGCAGUGUUCUCAUGUUUGUCUUGAGAAAGGCUGAUGUAAAAAACAGCCAGUAAGCUUACUUAUCAAAGUCAUGCCAUUUUCUGGUUUGACCUGACUUCAUAGUCUUUACCUCAUUCGUGUAGGCACGCUCUCAUUACACAAGCAGGGGUUGAAGAUAAUGUACGGUCAAAAAAACCUAUCAAAAGUGUCAUUUCAGAACUAUUUUUACACUGUUUAGAAGUUAAAACCCGGUUAGAAUUUGUGUAUAUUUGGUGCGGGGAUGUCAUGGGUAUUGGCAACUACCAAUGCAUCUUUCAUUGGAGCACUGACUAGAGAAUUUAAAAAUCUUAGGUUUUGUUCAGGAAUUGAGGGCACAGGUUUACAAAACCAAGCUUUUACAACCAGUAAACCAGUUCCACCCUUAGUCAUCGUCACAUAUACUUUGAUUACAAAAAUGUAGCAUAACUUCUAAGAAGUUACGAUUUGCUUUUUCCUUUUUUUGAAGGAUUCUGUUGAUUUUGAGCAAACCCAGUCUAGGUCAGAAGAAGCUUGUGCACAGGGACAACAAAGUGCUUUGUCAAUCUGAAGGCUUUGGCCCUUUUUCUGUGUCUGGAAUGGUGUCCUGCUGGUUUGACCUUAAAUUAUUAUUGCCCAGGAUAACCUUCCCAACAGAUAAAGGAAAUGUACAUAACCAAAUAUUCUGAUCUAACAAUGUCUGUGAUGUGUAUGUAAAUGUGGCUUUUUUGUUUUAUUUGUUUUCUUCUUGGGUUCAUGUUUUAAUGUGUUGUGUGUGUUUAUUUAUAACGUGACUUACGUUUUGUUAUAUUUAUGAAGGAAAUUUAAACGUAUUUUUUGCACUUUGUCAGAUGGAGCAAUACACUACUGUACACAAAAGGAAAUAAAGCUGUUUUCAAGUGUGA